UGGGGGAGUACAAAGGUCCAACUUAUUAUUCCAAACAGAGAAGUUGCUGAACAAUGGAGGCGGUGGAUCAUCGAAAUCAUAGGCGUAGCUCGGCUCGCUAAAUCGGGAAGCCACAAUGAAAUGAAAAAGAGUGCCAAGGAUGGGUUAAAUCAAAUUGUUGACAAGAACUAUCGAUCAAAUACUGCAAGCCAUAUUCAGAUGAUAGUUGAGGUUGCCAUGCCUUCUACAAAAAAGCACCUUCGUCUCUGCUCGACUUCUACAACGUGA